AUGCGCCAGGCGCGAGUGGCUGCGCAGCGGCUGUCGGAGCUGCGCACUGGGCCCAAGCCAGGCAGCGGCGGCAGCGAAGCACUGAGCCCGCUGGGCAGCGACUACAGCGAUGGUCCCCGCAGGCUGGUGGCCGACCCAGACAGCCCCACCUCGCGGCUGCUGGAGCGAGCCGCGCAGCGCAGCCUCGCCUCGUCAGCGUCCGCCAAAAACACGCCAGAGAAGUUCAGUUACAUGAAGGACAUCGCACGGAACCCGGAGCUUGCCCGCGCAGCCCGCCGAGCGCUGUCCUCCUCGCCCGACGUCGCAGGCUCGGGCGCAGGCGGCGGCGCCGCGGGCAGGGGCCCCGGCGGCGGCGGCGGCGGCGGCUCCCUGCAGCCGCUGCAGAGCGCGCCAGAGCUGGACAGCCUGACCGCGGUGGUGGACCAGCUGGAUCGGGAUGCCGAGCAGGAGAGCCGCAUCAACCAGCAGAUGGCGUCGGUCAUGCUGGGCCGCCUGCAGAGCGGGCGCAGCGCGGCGGAGCGCGCCCUGGGGGUCAUGCAGGCGUGCGCCGCCGCGGAGGCCGCCUAUGCUCGAGCCAUGGCCUCGGUCGCCAAGCUGAGCCUGUGCAGCGAUGCUGAUGGGCCCUCCCUGCGGGCCGCCCUGGAGCAGUUCUCAGACCUGCCCGGCAUGCUGAGCGCGUGCCACAGCAGCAUGUCGGAGCGGCUGCACGAGGCCAUCCGCAGCCUACAGGCCCUGGUCAACGACCUGCGGGCGGCAUGCGAGGAGGUGGGCAGCGGCGCCAGCCGCGCCAAGCGGGAGGUGGACGGCAGCAGGCAGGGGCUCAAGGCGGCGCUCAGGAGCCACCAGGACGCGUGCCAGGCCUUUGAGCAGGCGGCGGCGCAGCGGCAGCGGCCUGGCGGGCGGGGCCGGGGGGUGGAGAGCGACCCCUGGCUCACAGAGGGGUGCCUGGUGGAGCAGCAGGUGCGGCUGCAGCGGGCGCAGCAUGUGGAGCGGCAAUACUUGGGCAAGUCCUUCCAGCGGGUGGGCGAGCUGGAGCGGCGGCGUGCGGGCGCGGUGCAGAAGACUCUGAGCAGCUUUGUGGGCAUCUACCGCGCCGAGGUGGUGCCCGUUCAGGGCAUCGCGGGGCAGCUGCAGGCACUGCUGGGUGAGGUGGAUGCGGAGGCCGACCUCGAGGCCUUCACAGAGACCGCCGCCAGCAGCGUGCACAGGCGACAGCCCAGAGCCCAGCGGCUGCUGCCCAGGCCUGCACGCACUGCCGAGGCGCUGUCGGUGCGGCAGCGAGAGACUGUGGACCAGAUCUGCUCCGAGCUGCUGGGCAGCGCCGAGAUUGUGCGGCAGGGUGCCAUGGAGCGGUGGGACAGCAGCGUGAGCUGCUGGCAGCGCGGCCACCUGGUGCUCACCCAGGCCGGCUUCCUGCACUGCUUCGCGCCAGACUCUGCGGCCGCCAAGGCAGCCGGCGGCACCAGCGGCGCCAACGGCGGCGCCGGCAGCAGCAGCGGCGGCGCCAACGGCGCCUCGCGCGGCGGCAGCCCGGGCCAGGUGUCCUGGGGCGGCGCCAAGAGCUGGGCGCCGCCAGUGGAGAGCUUGAACCUCUCCCGUUGCUCCUUUGAGCAAGGCGAGGCCCCCGUGUUCCGCAUCAUCGAGUCCGGCGGCGGCGGCCUGGCCAGCUUUGCGCUGUUUGCCGCGCGGCAGCGCACGAUGACGCUCAAGGCGGGUGGCAUCGAGGAGUGCAUGGACUGGGCGAUAGCAGUGAGGGAGGCCAUUGCCGCGUGCGUUGGCUGA